AUGCCUACCAUUCGUCUUCACAAUAUUCCAAACUCUACCAGAGUUUUGGUUAGUUGUUUGAUAAUAAUUGCCUCAUUGAUAUUUCUAAUCAAAUUGGGUCAUUUCAGAUCAGCUACUACUGACAUCAAAUUCCAUGAUAUUCAAGUUCCUUAUUUACAAUUAAUACCUAGAUAUACCAUCUUUUAUCCAUGGGUUAUAGUUACAUCAAUUUUUGCUGAAACUACAAUUUUCUCCCUUAUUGUUUCUGGAACUGUGUUAACAGUUGCUAGUAAAUAUAUUGAAAGAUUUUGGGGGUUCAGAGAAGUCAUUCAAUUUGUUUUCAUCAAUGGAUCCAUAACUAAUUUACUGACUGUUCUUAUCACUAUCGUUUCAAACAUCGUAAGAAAAGAUGGUGUAGGAAUGGAUAGACCAUUAGGAGGAGGUAUUUCAUAUUACUUUGGAUUCUUGGUGGUUUUAAAACAAUUAAUACCCGAACAUAAUAUCGUAUUAUUUCAAGGAUUAUUGAAUUUCAGAGUCAAACAUUUACCUUUUAUUUGUCUUAUAAUUGUAUUCUUAUGGUCAAUUAUAAUAUCCAGAUCAUUAUAUCCUGUAAUCCCAUCAUUUGAAAGUUUCCUUGUUUCAUAUAAUUAUCUUAGAUUCUAUCAAUCAUUCACAAGUGAUCCUUUAUUACCAAUAAAUAAUAAUGAAACUAUCAUAAGAGGUGAUGCAUCUGAUGCUUUUAAAUUGGUAGAAUUCUUCCCUAAUAUCACCAAACCUUAUUUAUCUAUAGUGUUUGAUAAGUUUUAUGAAGGAUCAGUAUUCUUAGGUAUAGUUACACCAUUUAAUGAUGAUUCUAUUGAACAAGGUAAUAUAAGAGCCAGUAAAAGACUGGAACAAAUCAACCAAACCCAAAAGAGUCUUGCUAAUUCUGUAGCUGAAAGAAGAAGACAAGUAGCUCUUCAAGUGAUUGAAGAUAGAAUUAGAGAUUCUCGAUAG